AUGGAUUCACCCUCAGACACCACGGAGCAGCCCAGCCCUCCAGGGGAGUCGCUGGGCUCGUCUUCUGUUUCGGAUAGUCACACUACCACUCACUCUGACCAGCUGGAGGAACUUCUUAAAUUCGUGGAAGACGUCGCGUUAGGCAGGCUUCGUCUAUCGCGGGACGACGAACCCAUCGAAUUUACCAUUUCUACAGACUCGUGGUUUGAACUUCAAUACGACUCCAACUUUGACUUGUGCGCACAAAAGAAAUUCUUUCGAACAUCAUUUGAUAGCUCACGCUCUCUUGUGACAGUCAUACCUCCCCCCAGUGAUCGACACGAAGCCGUCGUUGGAUUCUUCAGUGAUCUCGCUGUCCGCACUGACCGCAACUUGAUAUACACCAGAAAUUCCAUGCUGCAGGUUAGGUGUACUCGGUCCAUCCCCGAAUUUGUGGGCGACUAUACUUUCUCGGAAAAGGUACCAGAUCUUACUAUCCAAUGGGACGAGGGUACCGACGCCUCCAGAAUCGAUACUGUUCUCGAAGUGGGCGUAUCCCAGUCGCUCAACAACCUUCGGACCCUGGUGCCUAAAUAUCUCAAAGGAACAACAUAUAUCCAACGAGUCAUACUCAUCAAGAUGAAAGAAGGGUCCAGGCUCCCGGAAGACCCGUUCCUCACAAAUCUGCGUCGAAGGCCCACGGAUUUCCUACUCAUGGUGCCCCUGCUCCCACGCCUCCCCGACACACCACUCUCCACGAUCCCAACUUUUCCAUUCAACGAAACGUUACUCUCUACCGGUCCGCCUCUACCAUCAAUCCCGCCUCCCACAUCCAGACACCCGAUCCAGUCGCCGGCCACAGCCCCAUCAGUGAGAGCGCCAACCCUCAGAGAACUGUACAAAGACGAGUUUACAGGUGCAAUUUGGCUCCGCAACUCCAAGGUGGUAGGAGCGCCCACAUUGUUCUAUGAGGUAUGGGAGCGGGAUACCAAUGGCGAACCUUUCAAAGCAUUCGAAGAGACUGUUGCAUAUCGAGCAGCACCAUCGAAGGACCUGCCUUUUUUCAGGAUCCCUCAAGGAGUCAUCUCUGGCGGCGCGGAGGUCUCUGUCAAACCGGAAAAGAUCAAGGAAUUUUGGACUCGAUAUUGGGACCAGGGGAGUAUGGCGGAUGCUCGCAGACGGGUGUGUGAGCAGAAUUCGCCGGUUGCCCGCAAACGGGUGGGGGAGAUAAGUUCGCCAGAAGCCCGCAAACGGGCGAGGAAGGCUUGA